UUAUAUUAUAUAUAUCCCUCAUGCAUCCAAUACCUCCACCAUUAUUUUACUGACAUUUUGCACCAACAACAGCAAUCACCUCCCGCAAACUUCCAUGGCCGUUGACAAGAAGCUCCAUAUAGUCAUCUUCCCAUGGCUAGCUUUCGGCCAUAUGAUUCCUUUUCUUGAGCUAUCCAAACUUAUUGCUCAAAAGGGUCACCACGUCUCUUUCGUUUCCACUCCCAAAAACAUCGACCGUCUCCCCACUAAACUUCCUCCCCAUUUAGCUCCUUUUCUCAGCUUUGUCAAAAUUCCUUUCCCUCAAGUCGAUAAUCUGCCCCAAGAUGCAGAGGCCACAUCCGAUCUCCCUUACGACAAAGUUCAGUUUCUCAAAAAGGCCGUCGACGACCUUAAACAGCCCCUCUUUGACUUUCUUCAAACUUCCGAUGCGGAUUGGAUCUUAUACGACUUCGCUCCCUAUUGGUUGGGUCAAGAGAUCGGACCCGCUCUUGGGAUCAAAACCGCUUUCUUCAGUAUUUACAAUCCGGAGUGUCUUGUAUUUCUUGGACCCAUGUUCGGAGAUAAUCGGAUUAAACCAGAGGAUUUCACUGUUUCUCCCAAUUGGGUUUCCUUCCCCUCGACCGUUGUGUUUCGCCACUUCGAAAUCAUGAGGAUCUUCGACAGUAUAUCCGGUAAUGUUACUGGGGUUUCUGAUUUAGAUCGCUUAAAAAUGAGUGCUCACUAUAGCGAUAUAGUGGUUGUGAGAGCAUGCCCUGAAUUUAAUCAGAAGUGGAUUCAAUUGCUUGGUGAUGUAUACGGUAAAACCAUUUUCCCCGUCGGCCAACUUCCGACAUCGGAGUACGAUUCUGGUGACGACAAUCCAACAUGGCAGUCGAUUAAAGAGUGGCUUGACAAACAACCCAAUGCUUCGGUGGUCUACGUGGCAUUCGGGAGUGAGGCCAAGCCUAGUCAGGACGAACUGACAGAGAUUGCUUUAGGAUUGGAAAAAUCAGAGCUGCGGUUCUUCUGGGUGUUUAGGACACGACGAGGACCGAGCGACCCGGACCCGGUUGAAUUACCGGAGGGAUUUGAAGAACGAACCAAAGGGCGAGGCAUUGUGUGGACCACCUGGGCGCCACAAUUGAAAAUAUUGGAGCAUGACUCGGUGGGUGGGUUUUUGACACAUUCUGGUUGGAGCUCUGUUGUGGAAGCGAUUCAGAGUGAAAGAGCUUUGGUAUUACUAACAUUUCUUGCAGAUCAAGGAAUCAAUGCGAGGGUGUUGGAAGAGAAGAAGAUGGGUUACUCAGUUCCGAGGAAUGAAUUGGAUGGUUCAUUUACAAGGGAUGCCGUGGCAGAAUCAUUGAAGCUGGUAGUGGUGGAGGAAGAAGGUAAGAUUUAUAGAGAGAGAAUAAGAGAGAUGAAACAUUUGUUUGUGAAUAAAGAAAAAGAUGACGAGUUAAUUGAUCAGUUCUUGGGAUAUUUGAAAGCGCAUGGGAAUAGAGAUGAACUUUGAACUGAAGAUGCACUGUGAAACCAAUCUUGAUAUGCUAGUUUUUUAUUUCUCUAGUUUGCCGGCCUAUGUCCAUGGUUUCACUCUUCUAAGUUAAAACUUAUUGUUAGAAUAAUAUUUUCAUCCAUGUGUAAUUUUAGUUUUUUUUUUUUUUUUUUUCAUCUCAAUAAAUUUGUUAGUUUCUCAAUAUCGUUUACUAAUAUCAAUUUUUCCAUGUGGCUGCUGAUUU